AUGUUAUUAAUAUUAUUAAUAUGGGUGAUUAAGAAUUAAAAAAUUAACAAAGUUCAUUUGUCAUUUGUCUUAAGCAAAUCAAAAAGAGUAAUUAAUUUUCUUCCAAAUGAAAUUGACAUGAAGGAGAUUUUGAGGAGUUAUGGAAUUCAGAGUAAAAUUCCUUAUGAGAUUUCAGAAUAAUUAACUCUCAACAAAUCUAUCAAACAUAAUUAAAUUAAUGAAAAUGAAGAGAGUAAUACUAAACUAAUUUUUGACAGGCCAAAUAUAAAUAUACAUAGACAACAAAAAUUAACUAAAAAUUUUAGAACUAACAUCUAUAUUUUCUUCAGAUUAAAUAAUUUAAAACACUGA